AUGAAGUGGGUAAAAGAUGCAACACAAGGGAUUAUCGUUGCUGGAGGUCAAUGUAUAGGAAAUGAUCUAGCUCAAUUGUCCGUUUCUCGUGGAGUAAUUGUUGAUCAAUUAGGUACUGUCUAUGUGGCAGACUACCCAAACAAUCGAGUGAUGUAUUGGUCAAAAGAUGCUAAACAAGGUACCGUUGUUGUUGGUGAAAACAAUCUUGAAAAACAACUAAAACAACUUUAUUCUCCUCAGGAUUUGUCAUUUGAUCGACAAGGCAACUUCUAUGUUGUCCAUAAUGGAAAUCAUCGGAUACAACGAUUCAAUAUUGAUCCAAGCUCCACUUAA